AUGGGUGGAGUCGCAGGAUCCUUGUUCAUGCUGUGGGUGCGCAGUGGCUUCUCGUCUGCUACGGUCGCAUCAGCCCUGACUUUCUUCCCACCAUCACCGACGUACAGUCUCGUGAAGAAUGCCGACGGAACCACCUCUGCCGUUCAUAUCAUUGACGCAAAUAUUCCAUUUGCAUCCGCGAUGACCGUGGCGGUCGUUCGAACAAAGCUUGGCCAGGACAUUCCUUGCUUUGUCUGUCGACACCCCGACGCCAAAUUCACGAUCAUCUACAGCCAUGGCAACGCAACAGACUGUGGGGCCAUGUACCUACGAUACAUCUCGCUUUCUCGAGAGUUAAAGGUGAACGUGGUUGGUUACGACUACUCUGGCUAUGGCGGCGCAACUGGCACCCCGUCCGAAGCCAACACGUACGCCGACAUUAUCGCCGUCUACGACCACGUCUUGGCUCACGUCUGCCCUUCGCCUCAACAAGUCAUAUUGUACGGCCAAAGCGUUGGCAGUGGCCCCAGCAUCUACUUGGCAGCAGAGCGUCCCGUUCGAGGGUUGAUUGUGCAUAGCGGGCUUCUCAGUGGCAUGCGCGUGCUCACUCCCAACCGAUGCUUGGCAUGCCUGGACGUGUACCCGAACGUCGAUCGCAUUCAACACGUGCGUUGCCGUACUCUCAUCAUCCACGGCGUCGAGGAUAUGGAGAUCCCCAUCUCCCACGGCCACGGCCUGCUUCAGGCGCUGCCUGUGGAGUGUCAAGCGGUGCCGUACUGGGUCCCCGACAGAGGCCACAACGACAUUGGCGAGACCGCCGCCUGCCGCCCCGCGUACGUCGAGCACGUAGCCGCGUACCUCGAGACUCUUUAA